AGACAAACUUUUCAGCGGAGUCGCAAACUUGUGAUCCGCAUCACUGUCAGAGCGCGGCGUGGCUGUCAGCUGUAUCUGUGGGAGGCUGAAGAUGGUCAGAAAGUGGACGAGUUAAUAUCGACAAAGAGUUUAGUUGUCAGAAAACAGAGGAGGACAGGAGAACGUGGAUAUAUCCGACAGACCUCUACUGACUGUCGCUGAAGGCAGAACAGUUAGCUUCAGUGUCUCUCCCAGGCUGCCGCCUCAACAUCAGUAUGUGGGAACAGGAGGAAUUCGCUAAACACUGGAGGAAUGAAUUUCCCGACGGAGAGGUCCCAGAAAUGGAGCUAAACUCCGUGGAGGACAUCGAGUCCGAGCUGGAGACGUGUAAAAGCAACCUGAAGAGGCUCCAGAAGGCUCUGGCGGAGGAGAAAUUCAAGGUGAUCUACCUGCAGACCACCAUGGCUCGACAGAGGAGGAGCGACCCGGAAAGGUUUCAAGGCAAAGACGAAAACUUUAAUGCCGAAACGUUUGGCUUCUCUAAAACGGGGGAUGUCAGGAAACCACCGCGGCGGGACGAUGAGGGUGGCGGGGAAAGGACCAAGGUGUCCGACCCUGGAGGCGUGAAGCUCCACGCGGCAGGUAACACGGCGGGGCUCUCCGCCGUCUUCGGCCGGGACCGGAGCAGGUUCAGCGGGAAGACAGGUAAGCCCGUCCCCAUCCCCGUCCCGCCGGUGAAGCCCACCUUCCGGAGGCUGGAGGUGGACUCGGCCCGUCAAGUCAAUGACAACGAGGAGAGCAGCGACCGAGAAUAUGAAGAUGCAGAGCUCAAUGAGAAUUUCGUCAGGAAUAACUUAUUGGCACCGAAGACCGGCGGAAGGGACAACCAGAGGACGUCCAACGUCUACCGGGACAACCGGCGGCCUUUCGGCCACAACAGGGACUUUGACUCCGGUGACGACGGCAGACUGUCACCGUCCUUCCCUCAGAUCCUCCGCAGACACUCCCGGGGCUCCGGGUGCAGUACCCCGGACAGGAGAAGUGAUGGCUAUCUGAGCUCCGACCAUGACGACUCCUCCUCUGCAGACUUCAACUAUAACACAGAUGGCUACGAGGGAGACGGAACAGAGGACGGCAAGUCCCAGGACGGCUCUGAGACGCUGCCCUAUAUAGAUGAAUCGCCCACCAUGUCGCCCCAGCUGUGCGCACCCCAAGGGCCCGAUGGAGAAGCGGUGUCCCCCACACCACCAGAGGGCCUGCCGCCUGGGGGAGACAUAGAGAAAGGGCUGGAGAUGAAGAAACUGGUGCUGUCUGGUUUCCUGGCCAGUGAGGAGAUCUACAUUAACCAACUGGAGGCCCUGCUACUGCCCAUGCGGCCCCUGAAGGCCACAGCUACAACCUCCCAGCCCGUCCUGACCAUCCAGCAGAUAGAAACCAUCUUCUACAAAAUCCAGGACAUCUUUGAGAUCCACAAAGAGUUCUACGAUGCCCUCUUACCCAGCAUCCAGCAGUGGGACGAGAAGGUUACUGUGGGGCAUUUGUUCCAGAAGCUGGCCAGCCAGUUGGGAGUUUACAAGGCUUUUGUGGACAACUACAAAGUGGCGCUGGAGACGGCAGAGAAAUGCAGCCAAGCCAACAUCCAGUUCCAGAAGAUAUCUGAGAACCUCAAAGUAAAAGGUCCUAAAGACUCCAAAGAAUGUACCACAAGUACUUCCAUGGAGGCUCUCCUUUACAAGCCGAUUGACCGUGUUACCAGAAGCACCCUGGUCCUUCAUGACUUGCUGAAACACACUCCUAAGGAUCACCCGGACUUCCCCCUCCUGCAGGAUGCUCUGCGAAUAUCUCAGAACUUCCUCUCCUCCAUCAAUGAAGAGAUUGACCCUCGCAGGACUGCUGUUACUACACCCAAAGGAGAGGCCCGUCAGCUGGUGAAGGAUGGAUUUCUGGUGGAGGUGUCUGAAAGCUCCAGGAAGCUACGGCACGUGUUCCUCUUCACUGAUCUGCUGCUGUGUGCCAAGAUGAAGAAGACAGCUGUGGGCCGCCACCAGCAGUACGAGUGCAAGUGGUACAUCCCUCUGGCGGAUCUGACUUUCCAAACUCUGGACGAUUCCGACUCUUGCCCGAGCAUCCAAGUCCUGCCUGAGCACGAGAUCGAGGAGAUGAAGAUCAAGAUCUCAGUCUUAAAGAGCGAGAUACAGAAAGAGAAGAAAGCACCGAAGGGUCAGAGCCGUGUGGAGCGUCUGAGGAAGAAGAUGAAUGAGCAGGAGUCCUGGCUGCUCCUGCACUCCCCCACCAUCCCCUUCCGCAUCCACAACAAACACGGAAAGAGCUACUUGUUUCUUCUCUCUUCUGAUUAUGAGAGGUCAGAGUGGAGGGAAAGCAUCCAGAAACUCCAAAAGAAAGACCUCCAGGCAUGUGUAUUAAGCUCUGUAGAGCUCCAGGUUCUGACCAGCUCCUGUUUCAAACUUCGCACCGUCCACAACAUUCCUGUUACCAGUAACAAAGACGAUGAGGAGACUCCUGGCCUGUACGGCUUUCUGCAUGUGAUCGUCCACUCUGCCAAAGGAUUCAAGGAGUCAGCCAAUUUGUACUGCACCCUUGAAGUGGACUCAUAUGGAUACUUUGUCAGCAAGGCCAAGACUCGAGUCUUCAGAGACACCACAGAGCCUCAGUGGAACGAGGAGUUUGAGAUUGAAUUGGAGGGCUCCCAGUACCUGCGGAUCCUGUGCUAUGAGAAGUGCUACGACAAAAGCAUGCUCAAUAAAGACGACAACGAGAUUGUGGACAAGAUCAUGGGCAAAGGGCAGGUCCAGCUGGAUCCUCAGACGGUGCAGUCCAAGAACUGGCACAUGGACGUCAUAGAGAUGAAUGGGAUCAAAGUGGAGUUCUCCAUGAAGUUUACAAGUCGGGACCUCAGCUUGAAGAGAACGCCGUCCAAAAAACAGAGCGGGGUGUUUGGAGUCAAAAUCAAUGUGGUUACAAAGCGCGAACGCUCUAAGGUGCCUUACAUUGUCCGUCAGUGCAUUGAGGAAGUGGAGAAGAGGGGCAUUGAUGAAGUGGGAAUCUACAGGAUCUCAGGGGUGGCCACGGAUAUCCAGGCCCUCAAAUUAGCAUUCGACACCAAUACCAAAGAUAUCCUGGUGAUGCUGAGUGACAUGGACAUCAACGCCAUCGCAGGAACGCUGAAGCUGUACUUCAGGGAGCUGCCGGAGCCUCUGCUCACCGACCGCCUCUACCCCGCCUUCAUGGAGGGCAUAGCGCUCUCAGACCCGGCGGCCAAGGAGAACUGCAUGAUGCACCUCCUGCGCUCGCUGCCGGACCCCAACCUCAUGACCUUUCUCACUCUGCUGGAGCACCUCAAACGGGUGGCUGAUAAGGAGCCCAUCAACAAGAUGUCCCUUCAUAACUUGGCCACAGUGUUCGGCCCGACUCUGCUCAGACCCUCAGAGUCAGAGAGCACGAAGGGACAGCACAUCACCUCGGCCUCCGACAUCUGGUCACAUGACGUCAUGGCACAGGUGCAGGUGCUGCUCUACUACCUGCAGCAUCCUCCCAUCUCCUUUGCUGAACUGAAGCGCAACACGCUCUACUUCUCCACUGACGUUUAAUCCCCACCACCUCCCUCAGGGCUUCGUCUGGAGACGAGACAGAGACUCCAUGCAAAUAUCGGUCCCUGCCACUCAGCAGUCCUGCCUCACCUCUCCCCCCAGCAGGCAGCUCGUCUUGACUGUACAGCCCCCCCCACCCUCAUACCCCUCCUGUCUAAACCCCCCACCCCGUCCCGUGAAGAGAUGGAGUCGAGCAUGUAGGGAGGCUGAGAAGCAGUCGUCCAAUAGUCACGUGUCAUGUCCUGUGUGUAAUGUGAGGAAAGCAGAGCCGCCUCCCGCCAAUGAGACGGCGAGGCGCUCUGGGACCACAGUGGGAGGCGUGGAGGCGGAGCCUGGGGUCCAGAGGCCACGGCCCGGUGGAGUGGAACAGGAUCAUCAUGGGCGUGUGUGGUGGCGGUGUCAUCUAAUGAGUCCUUUCUGGUUUAAUGAUCUCAGAAACGACUCACACUCCAGCUUCUUUUUACUCCCUGAUCAGAGGCAUUCCAGAAAAAUGGCAUUUACAUGUUUUAUAAUAAUGUUCAGCAGCUGUUUUGUUUCCUUUUUCUGUCUUUCUGGCUUUGUGCAUGUGGUGGAGGAGGCCGGGGUGUGUGAGUGACGCUGUGGAUGUACUUGACUGAGUGAGUGUGUUUAAGGGACUUUAAGAACGUGUCGUGGCUGGGGUCCAGUCUCUGUGCUGACAAACAAGAGAGACCUGCCCUCCCCACUGAGUCUUGGCCAAAUUAGCCCUAUUUAUUUUAAAUAUAUAUAAUAUGUGUGCCUGUACAGUUCUGUGCAACUAGAGAAAUGCUCUAAGGAGUCAGUUUUUUGAAGUUUAUUCAGGUAGUGAUGUUAUUUUUAGUCUGAUUUUCUUAUUCACCAUGUCCAUGGUUGGUAAGCUGUACUGAAAAGAUCAGCAGAAAGUCUGCCAAUUACUUUCAGAUCACUUUGUAGAGGUGAACGGGCACUCUGUGACAUGAGGGUUGUUGGGGGGGAAAAAAACACAAUGAAUGGAACAUUUAGCUUUUUUUCUCAUUGUUGCAUUGCAAGCCUGUUCCAAGUGUCUUACUGCACCGUAUAAUCUGUAGGAUGAUUUGUGUAGUUGCCCUCAUUGCAUGUUCAGCUUGUCAAUCAAACCAGGCCGGGUAACACGAAGGUAGGUCGUCUCUGCAAGGGCCUCGCUAAAACUGGCAAAAAAAAAACAACACCCAUCUCUGCUCUGUACAAAGCCAACCUUUCUGCUAUCAAGCCUGCAACAUAUCUUAAAAUACUGUAAGCACUGCUAGAUGAGUACUAUUUGAUAUUUUUAAUAUAAGAUUAAAAUAAAAUAAAAAGUGUUGUAUUUUACUUCCUUUGAGAAGAAUUUCAAUAUACUGUAAUAUUGAGGCUAAAUGUCAAUGUGAACUUUUCUCCCCUUUUUUUUUUUAGGAAAAUAAAAGUUAUUAAAACACUCAA